CAACUACCACGAUUUCAACCGCAGUCGCAAGUCCACCACCUACCCUAAUAAAUCUCAAUUUCUUUAAAAAAAAUCACAACAUUGGAGGGUGCAGAGAGGAAAAAGGAAAGGGAAGGAAAGGAAAUUGAGAAAACACACUGAUUUUUGUGUUUUCAUAACAGAAGAGAGAAAGUAGAAAGAAUAACAAUAAUAAUAUAAUGUCCCAUUUCGAUUCAUCAACCAAACCUCAACCAGGUGUAAUCACCUGCAAAGCUGCAGUGGCAUGGGGCCCAGGAGAGGCAAUGGUGAUUGAGGAGGUGGAGGUGAGUCCUCCUCAGCCUAUGGAAAUCAGGAUUAAGGUUGUUUACACUUCCCUCUGUCGCAGUGAUGUCACUGCCUGGCUCUCUCAGGCGCAUCCGUCUAUUUAUCCUCGGAUUUUUGGCCACGAAGCAUCAGGGAUUGUGGAGAGUGUCGGGCAAGGAGUGACAGAAUUUGGUGAAGGGGACCGUGUGCUUACAUUGUUUACUGGAGAGUGUAUGAGAUGCAAACAUUGCAUUUCCGGCAAAAGCAACAUUUGUCAAGUUCUUGGAUUGGAACACAAAGGAGUUAUGCACAGUGACCAGAAGACACGCUUCUUUGUAAAAGGGAAACCUGUGUAUCAUUAUUGUGCAGUUUCGAGUUUUAGUGAAUAUACGGUUGUACAUUCUGGUUGUGCUGUCAAGGUUAAUCCACUUGCUCCCUUAGACAAAAUCUGCAUCCUAAGUUGUGGUGCAGCCACAGGUCUUGGUGCUGCUUGGAAGGUUGCUAAUGUUUCUCAAGGAUCAAAAGUUGCUAUUUUUGGUCUUGGAACUGUGGGACUUUCUGUUGCCCAAGGUGCUAAACUACGGGGAGCAUCUCAAAUAAUUGGCGUGGACAUUAAUCCACACAAGAGAGACAUAGCCAAGGAUUUUGGAGUAACGGAUUUUUUGAACCCAAAUGACUCUGAUGAACCUAUUCAACAGGUAAUAAAACGUAUGACUGAUGGAGGGGCAGACUUCUCAUUUGAAUGUAUAGGAGACACGGAAAUGGUAACCACUGCUUUGCAGUCUUGUUGUGAUGGAUGGGGCUUGACGGUGACUCUUGGAGUGCCAAAGACAAAGCCAGAGAUAAGUGGUCACUUUCGAUUUUUUCUUAUGGGCAGAAAAUUAACAGGAUCUCUUUUUGGUGGCUGGAAACCCAAGUCCGAGAUUCCAUCAUUAGUUGACAUGUACAUGAACAAGGAAAUCCAGAUUGAUGAGCUGAUCACACACAAUCUGCCAUUUGAAGACAUAAACAAAGCUUUUGAUUUGAUGAUACAAGGAAAAUGCUUGCGCUGCGUUAUCUACAUGCCCCCCAAGUAACUUUUGUUUUUUGUUUUCCCCCUAUUUUCAUAAUGGGAAUACGAAAUUAGGGCUUGAAUUGCUACAUUUCAUCUAAAUGAGGUAUUUGGUUGCAGAUAAAUGUCACAACUUUUCAUACUUAUUGGUUA